CAAAUUUAUCAAGCUGUUUUACCACUCUUCCUCCUUAUGUUUUUCCUAUCUUUUAACAACAAUGAGACAUUUGUUUAUUAAAAUUUAUAACUAGUGGCACUAUGAAAAAAUAGAAAACUUUUCACCCAAUGAGGCAAUCACACUUCCAAAAUUCCAGGUUGUAGAGUCAAAUGCUCAUUGUUUGUUGGUUGGUCUAAUCUAAUUCCCUGUCUACGUCAAAUUAACCCGUCUUCCUCAACAAAAAAAGAAAUUAUUCUGGGCUUUUCAUCUAAUAAUUGAUACUUUUAGAUCAUCGCAGAUUACAGAAGCUGUUUCUGGGUGUUGCUGUACUCUCAUGUAUUCAGUAAUUGGUGUGAACAUUGAUAUUGAAUUGGGGCAAGUUGCAACAUGCUAAGAAUUGUGGUGGGUGGUGAAUGUUGGGGGAUGGAUGACAUUUUGUGUUAGAUAGUGUGAUGGAAAAGAAGAAAAUUGAUGAACAUGAAACUGGACCUUCGUCACCAAGACCAGUGGAUAGAUUUGGGUUCAUUAGGGCUGAUUAUACCAAUGCUUCCGAUGCUUUGAAAAGGAGCAAAUCGACAUCUGAGCACGAGAGGGAGGAAAGAAGAGUUCAGAAAUGGAGAAAGAUGAUCGGGGUUGGGGGGAGCGAUUGGAAGCAUUAUGUCAGGAGGAAACCUCAUGUGGUUAAAAGACGUAUUAAAAAAGGAAUCCCCGAUUGUUUAAGGGGACUUGUUUGGCAAUUGAUCUCUGGAAGUCGUGAUCUCUUGCUCAUGAAUCCAGGAGUGUAUGAGCAACUGGUAAUAUAUGAGACUUCAUCAUCAGAACUGGACAUAAUUCGAGAUAUAUCACGUACUUUCCCAUCUCAUGUGUUCUUUCAGCAAAGGCAUGGUCCUGGUCAGAGAUCACUCUACAAUGUUCUGAAAGCAUAUUCUGUAUUUGACAGAGAUGUCGGAUAUGUACAGGGUAUGGGAUUCAUAGCUGGUCUAUUGCUUCUUUAUAUGAGUGAAGAAGAUGCUUUUUGGUUGUUGGUUGCAUUGCUUAAAGGAGCCGUUCAUGCCCCAAUGGAAGGAUUAUAUCUGUCAGGAUUGCCUUUGGUACAACAAUAUCUAUUUCAGUUUGAUCUUCUGGUGAAGGAACAUAUGCCCAAGCUUGGCGAGCAUUUUUCUAAAGAGAUGAUAAACCCUAGCAUGUAUGCGAGUCAAUGGUUCAUUACUGUGUUUUCUUAUUCUUUUCCGUUUCACUUGGUCCUCCGAAUCUGGGAUGUCUUUCUUUACGAGGGCAUGAAGGUUGUUUUUAGAGUUGGUUUAGCCCUCUUAAAGAGUUGUCAUGAUGACUUGGUAAAGUUACCGUUUGAGAAACUCGUACAUGCGUUGCGUAAUUUUCCCGAAGAAGUGAUGGAUCCUAAUACAUUGUUGUCGUUAGCGUACUCAUUCAAGAUUUCAAAGCGUUUGGAAGAAUUGAAGCUUGAAUAUGAGAAAGUGCAUGGAAAAGACGGCCUAUCUAUCAUCACAAGAGGAAAGCAGAAAAGGCUUUUAGAAAGGAACGACUCUCGACAUAGCAAUCAAGCCGAGAAACAAAACGGAGAAGUAAUCAAAUCUAGUGUGCAGAAAAACUUCUCAUUAUGGAGGCAUUACUCCCUUCGGAAGGCAGAACAUGGCAAUCUUGAUGGGCAAGCAACUCAAUCGGAUAGGGAGUUCUUACAAAGACGCGAUGUUCAGCUUAUGUCUAGACAUGCUACUAGUUGAUACAACGUUACAUUCUUUCAUUCUUUCGUGUGGUGAUUGUACAUUUGGGUGUAUCGUGUAUGUAUACGAAGCACCGUAUAGGUCGCUUAUGCAAUCCAUUUUCGUAGUUCUCGCUUCGAAAGAGAUACAUGGUUGGAUUAUCUAGUACAUUUUUACUCGAUCCUUUAGUAGAUGGCGGUGUUGCUUGGCUCCUCUUGUUGAUUGUGGUGGUUUGUUCGAGCUUUUUCAAUACAAUUAAUGAUUUUUCAGUAA